AAAAAAAAACAAACAGAAAGUGUAUAGUGUGAUUUCAAUGGUUUUUAAGCAAAAAUUCCACCACAUUAAGCAUUAAAUAGACUCCGCCCUCGCCAGCGGCUGUAGGGACUGAAGGGGCGGGGCCCACCGCAGAGCCCCGCCUCCUCCAGGCUCCCGUCGUCGGCGUCACCGGGAGGUGGGGGKGCGCCGUUCUGGUCGUGAGCAGCUCGGCACCGACAAGCGCAGCAGCUGGCUGUCACCCUCUACGUGCCGCGGGAAGACUCGGGCGCCUCCCGUCACUCGUCGCGGUGAACGACAUGGCCUCCGACGGCAUGGACGAGCGGUCUCCGCUGCUGUCGGGCCCCAACUCGGAGAAUGUGACCCCCACCGCUCCCCCGUACCUGCAGGAUUCAAGUCCCCGAGCUGAACUACCUCCUCCGUACACCGCCAUCGCCAGCCCCGACGCCGGGGGCGUGCCCGUCAUCAACUGCCGCGUCUGCCAAUCCAUCAUCAACCUGGACGGGAAGCUGCAUCAGCACGUGGUCAAGUGCACCGUCUGCAACGAAGCUACGCCCAUAAAGAACCCCCCAACAGGGAAGAAGUACGUGAGGUGUCCCUGCAACUGCCUGCUCAUCUGUAAAGACACAUCCCGGAGGAUAGGAUGUCCUCGACCAAACUGCAGACGCAUCAUCAACCUGAGCCCGGUGAUGGUGAUCCCCGAGGAGCAACCCGCCCAGCCCGCGCUGCCCAUCCAACCCGAGGGGAUGAGGGUGGUCUGCGGUCACUGCGGCAACACCUUCCUGUGGAUGGAGCUUCGAUUUAACACACUAGCCAAGUGUCCCCACUGCAAAAAAAUAUCUUCUGUUGGCAGUGCUCUUCCCAGGAGGCGCUGUUGUGCUUAUAUAACCGUAGGAAUGAUCUGCAUUUUCAUCGGAGUCGGUCUAACGGUCGGUACUCGUGACUUUGCGAGACGCUAUAACGCCACCUACGUGUCCUGGGCGUUCGCCUACCUGCUGGGGCUCAUCUGCCUGAUCCGGGCCUGCUACUGGGGAGCCAUCAAAGUCAGCUACCCGGAAAACAGCUUCGCCUAGAGACAGAGCCGUGCCUGGCUGGUUGGAACCCACAAACUUUCGCUUUCAGUUGUCAUUUUUCCGAGACCCCCCCCGGAUUUGAGGUUUGGCGAAGUGCAGAGAGUCUGGAGUCUGGUUUGAAGUCGUCUUUUUUUUGUUUGUUUGUUUGUUUUGUGUCUGGAACAGUUUGAGUUGCUGAGCGAAUCCACUGCCUGCCGUUCAGUCUGGUGCGCCACAUCCUGGCUAGGUUUUUUUCUAAAUUCUUUUAAAUUAAUGGAGGAUUGGGAUUUAUUUUAUGUUGGAAACCAUGGAAGGAUACAGUAUUUUUACUGACCGACACGAUGGCGUCCACUUUUUUGUUUCUGACCAGACCAAACUGAGACAACCGUUUUGCCCACUACAUUUUUAUGCAAUUCUGAGUUGUUUUGCUGCUAGUCGAACUCCUGCAUACUGUAUUGUAACCUCAUCUCUUGCCUGUGUACUCAGAAAUACUAUUACCUUUUGAUUUUAGUGCUAAAAUAAAUCAUUUUUUAAAAGAUUGUCCUUAUAAAACCCAUGCGUGCCAACUUUGCUGCCCAGUGUUAGUAAAGAGGAGCUUUAGAUCAACAGAUGACUUUUUAUUAAAGUGUUGACUCUUGUUUGUUUUUGUGUGCCUGCUGUUCCCGAGUCAUCGCAGCAAUAACCCCUUCAGGUUAUUUUCUCCUGRUCUGACUCGAGCCUUUUGCAUGUCGACCCACUCGUGUCAGCGAGGCGGCGUUUCACUCUGUUUUAGAGGACGGUUGUGACGUUUCCAUCCUGAGUUUGAAUGUAAACCUUCUUCCUCCUCCUCCUCCCUGAGCUUGUAUCGCUGCUCUCCGACCUCCAACAUCCCAUGUCUGUAUCGUGACCAGUAGGCACAGUUUGAACCUUGUUUUGAAUGUGAUAAAGCAAAAAAAAAAAAAAAAAAAAAAAAAAAAAAAAAAAAAAAAAAAAAAAAAAAAAAAAAAAAANUCUCUGUACAUAACUUAAAUUCAGUAUUAGGGGAAAGUGAGUAGUGUGAGAGGUGGGAAAAGGAAAGAAAAUGGUUCAUGGGUGUUUUUAAAAAUGAUAAUUUAUCAAUAAAACAUAAAAACUGU